AUGAAAUUCCAAAGUGCCUCUACUCAAGAAUAUGCUAUUAAACAAAAUUCAGAUGCUAAUACAAUAAUACAACAGGAACAACCACCACCUGAUGUUAACAACCCACCUUUUUUUAUGCCUUUGAAACACUUUGUUGAUAACUAUAAGUGUAUUUCUGAAUUAGGAACUGGUAGCUUUGGUUCAGUAACUUUAGCUAAGUCGGUCCAUAACGUUGAUGAAUUUCCUUAUUUUGAGGACACAAUGUUAGAUCAUUCUGAAAAAUAUUUGCCAAAUUAUCAACAUGAAAAUUAUUACAAUAGGAAAAUUGGUUUGGUUGCUAUCAAAACCAUGAUGACCAAAUUAAAUACUUUACAAGAUUAUACUAGGGUAAGAGAGAUCAAAUUUAUUUUUAAAUUACCAAGUCAUAGGAAUUUAAUGAGUAUUUUCGAAGUUUUCAUAGAUGAUCAAUCUUAUAAAUUGCACAUUGUUAUGGAAUAUAUGGAUCAGAAUUUAUAUCAGUUAAUGAAGGCUAGAAAACACAGGCUAUUUUCCUUGCCUACUUUAAAAUCUAUUUUAUCUCAAAUAUUGGCUGGUAUCCAUCAUAUACACAAAUACGAGUUUUUCCACAGAGAUAUUAAACCAGAGAAUAUCUUGGUUAGUUGCUCACCAAAAUAUUACUCUAAAGAAUGGCUAUUUAAAAAUCCUGUGCAGGAAAAUUAUAUUGUUAAAAUUGCAGAUUAUGGCUUAGCUAGGGAAAUUCACAACAGGAAUCAGUAUACUACAUAUGUUUCUACCAGAUGGUAUAGAUCUCCUGAAAUAUUAUUAAGAAAAAACGUGUAUGGCAAACCUGUUGAUAUUUGGGCUUUUGGAUGUGUUAUUGUGGAGGUUGUUACGUUAAAACCCUUAUUCCCAGGUUCUGAUGAAUUGGACCAAACAUGGAGGAUUUUGGAAGUGCUAGGUACUCCAUUUUUGACAAUGAAAAACAAGGAAAAUCAUUAUUUUCCACACGGUGGUAUAUGGGAAGAGGCCUCCUUAUUGCUGGCAAAAUUGGGGCUAAAAUUUCCAUAUGUUGAAGGUAUUGAUAUCGAAAAAAAAAUUGGUAAUAAUAUUUUACAAGAUUUAUGUGAUGUUGUUAAAAAAUGUCUAACAUGGAAUCCGGAUAUUCGAGCCACUGUUGAAGAAUUGUGUUGUUCCCCAUAUUUUAGAAAUACAGUUGCUCAAAAAGAACAUUUAGAACACUUACAUUCAACAACAUAUGCACAGGAUAUCAUUGUGAUUAACAACUCUGAAAAAUCAAGUAAAUUCGCAGGCUUGGAAAUUACCAAUACAGUUAACAGUAAAGGCACCAGAGCAAAAAAAAAUGGAUUACAACCCACAGGACCUAUACAAUUUUUACCAACUUGUACAAAUUUGAUGAAAGGUAUUGUCAAUACUCGUAAUGCUACUGCACAGAUGAAUAUGGAUAAUGAUGAAAAUAUCAUUCAAAAAAUAAAUGGUAAUCCAAAUAAUUACCCAAUGCAAAAUUCUGCAUAUGAAACACCUUCGAAGGUAGUUUUGAAUACCAAUGAUGUUUUAAUUCAGAAUAUUUGUUGUGGCAAUAACAGCAACAGCAACAUAUCGAUGGGUGAUGAUUUUGUCACUACUCCCUCUCAUAGUUCAAAAUGCCUCGAGAAAAACAGCUCUAACGUUAAGCAUAACCAACUAUCUUUACAAGAAAUGUUGCAAGAAGUCAUAGGUUCCGAAAAACAAAGCAAAAGUUAUAAACACAUACCAUCAAGGGGCAAAAAAGAUUGUUCCAACUUUUAUGAUUUAGAAAACUUUUCUAUCAACCCAGAAGGCGAUGAAAUAGAUCGGGAGGAUAGCAAAAGUUUUGAAGAGGAUGUCAUAGAUGAAUCGAUUGAAACUUCUAGACAGAUAAACAGAUUAUUAGAGGAAAAUUCUGGCAAUAACACCAUUGGUGGUACUUAUAACAACCAAGACGUAUCAGAAAGUUAUGAUGUAGACAGUGAAGGCAAAAAAGAUGAGGAUAUUAGUAUGAAACAAGCUUUUAAGGAUUCAGAUGAAGUUAUUGGGAACGUGCUAAACUUAAAUAAAGAUGAUGGUAACACCAUUGCUAAGGCCCAGUUAGAAAGAGAACAUUUUUAUGAUGUUGGAUCUGAUUCAGAUGAUAGUUUUAUUAACGUUUACAGUGAAUUAUGUAAUACAAUAGAUGAUAAUAAGGGGUCGACUGAAUUAUCUGCUACUAACAACGAUUCUAAUUAUAUUUAUGACCAUAAUAUUAAUAUGGGCAGCGAAGCUAAAAAACAGACAACGAUACAUGUUCCACUGAUGCUCGAUUUUUUUAAAUACAAUAAUUCUGAUGAUAAAAGUGGUAGUGGUUAUACUAAUGAUAACAAUGGUGUUGAUAAUAAUACUAUGAAUGAUGGCGAUAUUUCCAUUGGAGACAUCAUGAAUAAAAGCACUACUAUCAACAGUAAAAACAAUCCAAGACUGGCUGGUAUCAGUUCUUCUAGACGGAAUAAUAUAACCAUGAUGAAAGUUUAUGAUUAG